ACACCUCCCAAUUUAAAAACCUAAAACAAAGCUACAAUAAUCAAGAAAGUAUGGUACUAGAAUAAGUAUGGAGAUACAGAACAAUGGAAUAGAAUUGAGAGUCAAGAAAUAAACACUUAUAUUUAUGGUCAAGUGAUUGUCAAUAAGGGUGACAAGCCAAUUCAAUGGAGAAAGAAUAGUCUUCAACAGAUGAUGCUGAGAAAAACAGUGUAUUCACAUGCAAAAGAAUGAAGUUGGACCUCUGCUUUACAACAUACACAUUGAAGACCUGAAAGUAUUAAGACCUAAAUAUAUAAAACUCUUAGAAAAAUUAUAGGAAUAAAUCUUCUUCGUGACCAUGGAAUAGGUAGUGUUUCUUAGAUGUGAAACCAAACCACAAGCAACAAAGAAAAAAUAGAUAAACUGGGACCCAGGAUUUCUACUCCUGCAUAUGAACUCAAGAGGAAUGGAAUUGUCUAUCUACAGAAAAGCAUGUACAUAAAUGUUCACAGGAGAAUGAUUUAUAAUAAGCAAAGAGUGGGGGGACACCUCAAAUGUCUAUCAACUGGUGAAUCAACAAAAUGUGAUGAAUGCUUGCAAUGCAGUGUUUUUCAGCCACAAAAAGGAAUGAAGUACUGCUGCUGCACCAUGGAUGAACCUUGCAAACACUGUGCUAACUGAAAGAAGCCAGACACCAAAAGACCACAUAUUCAAUUCCAUUUAUAAGAAAAAUCCAGAACUGGCACAUCCAUUAAGACACAAAGUAGAUUUGUAGUUGCAGGGGGCUGGAGAGAGAGAGGAAUGGGGAGAGACUGCUAAUGGGUAUAGGAUCUCUUUUGGGGGUGGUAAAAAUAUUCUAACUUAUAUCGUGGUGAUGGUUUCACAACCCUUGAAUAUACUAAAAUCCAUUUAGUUCUGUUGUUUAAAAGGGUGAAUUUUAUGGUAUGUGAAUUGUAUCUCAGUAAAAAGAUUUCACAGUCUGUCUGCAUUUCUUUACUUGUAUAGUGAGGCACCGCUGAUUGUGCUUUCUCUUGGCUAAUGCAGGGGUCAGCAAAUUUCUGUAAAGGGCCAAAUAAUAAAUCCAUUAGGCUUUGCAGGCCAUACAGUCUCUCAGCUCUCUCAGUUUUGCCAUUGUAGUUCAAAAGCAGCCAUAGACAAUCUGUAAGUGACUGGGUGUGGUUGUGUUCCAAUAAAACUUUAUUAAUACCGAAAUUUCAAUUUCACAUCAUGUUCAUGUGUCACUAAAUAGUAUUUUCAUUGUCUUCUUCAACCAUAUAAAAAUGUAAAAAUCACUCUCGGCUCAUGGCCUGUGAAAAGCAGGUGGUCAGAAAGAUUUGGCCUAUAGGCUAGUACUUUGCCAACUUCUAUGCUGUUGCUACAAACAGCUUUAAAUACAUGUUAGCAGCUUCAUUAGAGGAGAUAUUAUUCUUGUCCCUAUUUCGAAGAUGAGGCAGUUGAGAAUUCCAGAGGCUGAGACGAGCCACUCAGAUACUGGUUGCCAGGGCUGGUCCUCUACUCUAUUGAGUUCCAGAACCUGUGCCAAGAAACCACCAUCUUCCUGUCUGACCCAUCUGGGUCAGUCAAGGCAGCUCAGACCCUUCUAGCUGUGCAGGUCACUGCGUGCUUCUCUGACUUGGCCUCUGCGCCUGCCUGGUGCCAUUCAUUAUCCUGCAUCUUCCAUUCAUUCUGGAAUGCCCACUUCCUUCACUCCCUUCUAGUAUGCUUUUCCAUACUGCUGAGCCAACACCCACAUUGAGCUGGGGGAAAAACAAAUCCACCACCUUGCCUCGCUUUCAGACUUUCCUCGUGACUCACUCCUUCUGGGAAGGCAAUGCCUUGGCCACCUUUUGACCCUAAAUCCAGCUGGAACCGAGUCCGCCUUGCUGGCUGCUGAGCUCUGCCUUGAUCAUCUGUCUUUCGGGAGGCAGAUUGGCUGUGCAUCAUUUCAGCCCUCUGCAGUGACAAUUUUUUUAGAGCCUCUUUGUUUCAUUUAGUACCCAGCCCUUGGUUAGGACCUUCAAGGAAGUUAAAACCCCAGUGGCACCUUUUAUUUAGGGAUCGCUGACUCACUCGGCCUCAGUCUUCUACUCGCCUUUCCCACCUCCACCUGACAUCCUGGGACAGUUGGCAGACCUUCCCUCCAUGGCUCAGGUGGGCAGGAGGCAGAGUCAGCAGGGGAGUGUCCCAGAAGCUUUUGUUGACAAUUCCAGUUUCCGAACAAAACAUUUCGGCAAUGGUGAGGGCUUCGAUCCCUUCUCUGAUUUGCUGUCAGCCAUGAACGGAUGGAUGUGAUGCCUGCUAGCCAAAAGGCUUCCCUCUGUGUGUUGCAGUCCUGUGGCAUUAUGCAUGCCCCCUCCCAGUGACCCCAGGCUUUUUAUGGCUGUGAGACACGUUAAAUUUUCAGGGGUAAGACGUGACCUUUUGAGGUGACUAUAACUGAAGAUUGCUUUACAGAAGCCAAAAAAGGUUUUUGAGUCAUGAUGCAAGAAUCUGGGACUGAGACAAAAAGUAACGGUUCAGCCAUCCAGAAUGGGUCGGGCGGCAGCAACCACUUACUAGAGUGCGGCGGUCUUCGGGAGGGGCGGUCCAACGGAGAGACGCCAGCCGUGGACAUCGGGGCAGCUGACCUCGCCCACGCCCAGCAGCAGCAGCAACAGGCACUUCAGGUGGCAAGACAGCUCCUCCUUCAGCAGCAACAGCAGCAGCAAGUUAGUGGAUUAAAAUCUCCCAAGAGGAAUGACAAACAACCAGCUCUUCAGGUUCCCGUGUCAGUGGCUAUGAUGACACCUCAAGUUAUCACUCCCCAGCAAAUGCAGCAGAUCCUCCAGCAACAAGUGCUGAGCCCUCAGCAGCUCCAGGUUCUCCUUCAGCAGCAGCAGGCCCUCAUGCUUCAACAGCAGCAGCUUCAAGAGUUUUAUAAAAAACAACAGGAACAGUUGCAGCUUCAACUUUUACAACAACAACAUGCUGGAAAACAGCCUAAAGAGCAACAGCAGGUGGCUACCCAGCAGUUGGCUUUUCAGCAGCAGCUUUUACAGAUGCAGCAGUUACAGCAGCAGCACCUCCUGUCUUUGCAGCGCCAAGGCCUUCUGACAAUUCAGCCCGGGCAGCCUGCCCUUCCCCUUCAACCUCUUGCUCAAGGCAUGAUUCCAACAGAACUGCAGCAGCUCUGGAAAGAAGUGACAAGUGCUCAUACUGCAGAAGAAACCACAGGCAACAAUCACAGCAGUUUGGAUCUGACCACGACAUGUGUCUCCUCCUCUGCACCUUCCAAGACCUCCUUAAUAAUGAACCCACAUGCCUCUACCAAUGGACAGCUCUCAGUCCACACUCCCAAAAGGGAAAGUUUGUCCCAUGAGGAGCACCCCCAUAGCCAUCCUCUCUAUGGACAUGGUGUAUGCAAGUGGCCAGGCUGUGAAGCAGUGUGCGAAGAUUUCCAAUCAUUUCUAAAACAUCUCAACAGUGAGCAUGCGCUGGACGAUAGAAGUACAGCCCAAUGUAGAGUACAAAUGCAGGUUGUACAGCAGUUAGAGCUACAGCUUGCGAAAGACAAGGAGCGCCUGCAAGCCAUGAUGACCCACCUGCAUGUGAAGUCUACAGAACCCAAAGCCGCCCCUCAGCCCUUGAAUCUGGUAUCAAGUGUCACUCUCUCCAAGUCCGCAUCAGAGGCUUCUCCACAGAGCUUACCUCAUACUCCAACGACCCCAACCGCCCCCCUGACUCCCGUCACCCAAGGCCCCUCCGUCAUCACCACCACCAGCAUGCACACGGUGGGACCCAUCCGCAGGCGGUACUCAGACAAAUACAACGUGCCGAUUUCGUCAGCAGAUAUUGCGCAGAACCAAGAAUUUUAUAAGAACGCAGAAGUUAGACCACCAUUUACAUAUGCAUCUUUAAUUAGGCAGGCCAUUCUCGAAUCUCCAGAAAAGCAGCUAACACUAAAUGAAAUCUAUAACUGGUUCACACGAAUGUUUGCUUACUUCCGACGCAACGCAGCCACGUGGAAGAAUGCAGUGCGUCAUAAUCUUAGUCUUCACAAGUGUUUUGUGCGAGUAGAAAACGUUAAAGGGGCAGUAUGGACAGUGGAUGAAGUAGAAUUCCAAAAACGAAGGCCACAAAAGAUCAGUGGUAACCCUUCCCUUAUUAAAAACAUGCAGAGCAGCCACGCCUACUGCACACCUCUCAAUGCAGCUUUACAGGCUUCAAUGGCUGAGAAUAGUAUACCUCUAUACACUACCGCUUCCAUGGGAAAUCCCACUCUGGGCAACUUAGCCAGCGCAAUACGGGAAGAGCUGAAUGGGGCAAUGGAGCAUACCAACAGCAACGAGAGUGACAGCAGUCCAGGCAGAUCUCCUAUGCAAGCCGUGCAUCCUGUACAUGUCAAAGAAGAGCCCCUCGAUCCAGAGGAAGCUGAAGGGCCCCUGUCCUUAGUGACAACAGCCAACCACAGUCCAGAUUUUGACCAUGACAGAGAUUACGAAGAUGAACCAGUAAACGAGGACAUGGAGUGAAUAUCGGGGCGGGCCAACCCCGAGAGUGAAGAUUGGAAAAAGGAAAAAACAAAACAAAACACGUCAAAAGUUAGCAGUGAAAUUGUUCUCCAUUUGUUGUACAGUCUGGAGGAUUUUCACUACAUUUUGACAACUCUGAAAUGUGUUAACUCUUAGUGCCAUCAAGAACCCCAUUUGGGAGUAUUUUUGAUUUUUCUACUUUUUGUUGAAAAAAGGAAUUUGUACUCUGUGCAUUGGAUGGACUUGUUUGGUACUUGGGAUUUUCCUCUCUUAACCGUCAACAUCAGUGUUGUAAAUUUGCUAAACUGAUUCACUUUUAGCAGCAGACUUUGAACUGCAGUCCUGCCAACGUUGGACACUGAGGACGCCCGACGGAGCUUGUGCACCUAAGCUGCAGACCAAGCCUUUGCCCAGAAUUUAAGGAUUCCAAUGGACGACCUAUUUGCACAGUACUGCAUGUUGAUUAUCACUGCCUUUACUCCAUUUUUUUUUUUUUUUUUUUUUUUUUUUUUUUUUUUUUUUUUGCUUCCAGUUGGGAUGGGGAAGACCUUUGUGUGUGUAUUGGGGGGAGGGGUUAAAAAAAUAAUUAUCCCAAACUUUUUAAUGUAUUGCUUUUUUUUUUUUUUCUUCUACUAUACCAUUUUAAGUUCUGACCUCAGGCCUCCAUUUGGGCCGAUGGCCUCUUGGAGGCUUAAAGUUUUCUGUACCUUGUGAUGAAUGUUCAUAGGUGUUUUUAUUAUACAAAGCUGAAUGUCAUUUCUCGUUUGUAGCUUUCUGUCACUCAUUCCAUCUUCCUUCAGACAUCACCAUGUUUCUCUAAAGUCAGAAAACAUUCCGUUUUGGUCUUUUUCAAAAAGGUCCCAAAUGCUGCACUCUACACAUGAAGGCCCUCUCACACAGACGUGACGUCCUGCCAGAAAAAGAAUGAAUGACAGAAAAAAAAAAAAAAAGAGACAUACUCUAGGAACAAUGCCGAUUCAUUCCACGCAGCAGUAUUGGGGGUGGCUGGGGGAGGGGUGUUUUGGAUUUUUUUUUUUUUUUUUUUUUUUUGCAGCAACCAUCAUUCUUAAUAAAUGCCACCACAUUCUACCAGCACAAGGAAACAUAGGCAGCACUGAAAAAAAAUUUAAAAAAACUAAUAGUAAUUAGACUGACAAUAUGGCCUUGGAAGGCUCUCCCUGGUGGAACCAAGUUGCCAUGGGCCUUGGGCCCUCUGUGAUAGCGAGUGUGGGUUGGUUUUGUUUGCAAAAUGGCCAAAACCCCGGUUUCCCUGAGCAGCUGCCCUGAAAGUAGGGGUGGCAGCGGCACUGAGUUUAUACAUUAGUUCAAACCUACUUGGUGGCAUUAAACGGUUUGAAUGCAAAUUCGAUUUCAGAUUGAACUUGUUAAGGGAGUUAAUGAGGACUGAGUUCAGCAAAUGCUAAAGUGUUAAUUUCAAAUAUGCAAAUUUGGUACUGCAGUUUGUUAUGCAAUAUUAUGUCACCAACCCAGUAUCACAGAAACUCAUAGAAGAUAUCAUUAGGCCCUGGGCUUUGGGGGUCCCAAACAUGGUAUGCAGAAUGUGAUGGUUACAGGUCAGUACAACCUCAGUCCUUAGAACCCCUCCACACUUCCACUCUGCACCCACUUUCCUGUCAUUUAUUUAUAUAGGACUAUAGUUUUUUUUUAGUUUGAGAGCCUUUCGAAGCUUAAUUUAUAUUCUUUGUACCUUUUUUUCUAAAAUUACCAAAGAUAUUACACAAAGGUAAAUUAUGUUCUCUGUUUUAUGCUUUAUCUGAUGAAGCCAAAUAUCCUCUUAUUGUUGAUCAAAGGAGGCAAAAGAAUUUAGAGGCAAAUGACAAGCGAUAGGCUAUUGCAACCUGAGAAAGAGAACUGCUCCUUCAUCGUAAAUUUAGAAGACCAAGUAGAUAAUCGAACCAAAGUUGUUACUUUUUUCUAGUAUUUUUCCUUUUUCUUUUUGUGUACCUCUACAGAGACCAAAACUCAUUCUCUUAAAGAGAUUUUAUGGGACUACUGCAGAUAAAAAUAGGACACAAUAUUAAAGGAGCUACAGAAGGAAGGCAGUCCCAUCUCAAAAAAAAAUGAAUGUAUGCCACUGCAAUUUAGAGUAUCCAAUAAAGGAGACAGUUUAGAGUCAGAACAGAAAAGCUUCCAUAAUUGAACUAGAUCACAUAAUAAUAUUUCUAGAAGAAAAGAUGUUUUUAGAUUGUAUGCCACUUUUGUUUAAGAACUGUGCUGUGAUCACUGUAUUAAUUUUGGUUUAUCUUGGCAUAUAUCCUUCAGUUUGUUUUUUUAAUUUUUCCUUUUUUUCCGAUUAGGCUUUGGUCAGCAUUUUUCAUUUAAAGAAAAGUAACACUCCCAUCCACUCAUAAGCUUGGUACAAAAACUUCUCUGGCAGUUACUUUUGAAGCUUCACUCUGCUUUCUGUAUAAAGGGCAGUCUGUGGUCACGCAAGACUUUAACAAAAAAAAAAAAAAAAAAAAAAAAAAAAACUUUUCCAGGCAGCUUCAUGAUGUGCAGGCAGUAGCCAGACAGGGUCAUGGGAAGGGGGCCCUGUGCUUCUAAACUGAGUGGUUGCUGGUUAGUUUGGUAUUCAAAAGAGGAUAAAAAUCUGGUAGAUUAGUUCAUUCUCAGCAUGUGUAGCUAGACAUGAGUAAAGAUAACAGCAUGAGAAACUGUUAGUACGCAUACCUCAGUUCAAACCUUUAGGGAAUGAUUAAAAUUAAAAAAAAAAAAAAACAUUUCACUCAGUUGCACUUAGUCGUAUGUCUUGCAUGCUUAGUCUAAAGACUGUAGCAAAAAAAAAAAAAAAGAAAAAUUAGAUUUUACAUAUCUUUGCAGGUAUCACAGCCUUGCAGAAGAACCAACUGAAAAAAAAAUUCUCAGGCUUUACAGCAAGCAAACUUCACUAUGAUUUUUACAAUUCCGAUUCUGUAUCCCCUGGGGGUUAUCCCAGUUGCUUCUUUAGGAUGGGGUUUAUUAUGUUGUACAUAUAUCCCGAUGUGUCUGUGUGAAUCUUUGUCUUUUUUGGGGGAGGGCAGAGGGCGGUUCUUUUUUUAGAUAUUGUUCCUAAAAAGGAAUAAAUGCAUACACCUGUUUGUCAAAACACCUUUGCUUUUUGUGCAACUGCUUUAUAUUAACGAUACUAAAAAAAUAGCUUUGGAAAAAAAACUACUGUAUGUAAUGGAAUUGCAGAAUAUGCUGCACAUGUAUUUUAUUUAGUUAUCCUUGCUUUAAGAAUAUUGGAUGACAUUUCCUGACAUGUGGGAGGGAGAAACUCCCUAACUUUUUUUUUCUGCUUUUAAAUUGUAACAUAGUUGAAGAUUUCUUUUUUUUCUGUUCUCAUUGAUUGGAGCAUUUUGUACAGGUUUUGUGUGUGUGUGUGUGUGUGCGCGCGCGCGUGUGCGUGUGUGUUAAUCUGUUUUUUGAUACAUUCCUAUCCGUUGUGUUUAUCCUACCACUGCCUUUCUGACUAUCUUAAGUUCAUACAUUUGAAAAGAAAAAAAAAAUGUUGUUUAAAAAAU